AUGAAGAAAUGGUUUCUGAUCGCAGCGACGGUGGCGAUAAUCGCCGUGAUCGCGAGGCAAGGCACCGGAGGAUGGAACAAGGAAGCGGCGUUAGAAGCUUUGAAAGAAAUGUCGAAUCGGCUCGGGAUUUGGGCGAUUCCGACGUACGUAGCGGUCCACACCGUAACUUUAGCGCUAUGCCUCCCUCACGCCGUCUUCUUUGAAGCUGGUGCUUCUAUGCUCUUCGGCUUCCUCCCCGCUCUCCUCUGUGUUUUCUCCGCCAAAGUCCUCGCCGCUUCCUUCUCCUUCUGGAUCGGCAGGUUUGUGUUCAAGAGUUCAAGCACAGCAACAGCGUGGGCACAUAGAAACAAAUACUUCAACAUUCUGUCAAGAGGAGUCGAGCGCGAUGGUUGGAAGUUUGUUCUUCUUGCAAGAUUCUCGCCAAUCCCUUCCUAUGUCAUAAACUACGCAUUAGCAGCAACGCAAGUCCGGUUUCUAGCUGAUUUUCUCUUUCCUACGGUGAUCGGCUGCCUCCCGAUGAUCUUGCAGAACGCAUCAGUCGGUAGCCUCGCUGGUAUGGCUGUGGCUUCGGUAGCCGGAGAGAAGAAAACUCAGGUCUGGGGUUAUGUCUUCCCGGUGCUUGGUGUACUGUCAAGCGUUCUAAUCACAAUGAGGAUUAGAAAGUACUCAGCUGGAAUUACAGAGGCAUCGGCAGAUACAUGUACACCGUCUACUAACAGCUCUAGUUUAGCUUCGUCUGAUAUCUCAAAUCCCGCUUAUGGAACCGAUGGAUCCAAGAAAAGUGAGUGA